CAUUUAUUUUCAGAAACAUUCAAACACACAGGCCUCUCCUUCUCGGCUUCUCGCCGGCCACCCACCACCCCCCUACCAGCCAAAGCCAUGGAUCACGCCGCGGAGCACCUCGACACCGCCGCCCCGGCGUCUGCGCCCGCAUCCGUCGCCGAGGUCAACGCGUGGCUUGCCUCUCUGGCAACGGAGGGCGGCGGAGUGGGAGGGCGCGGCGGCGGCGGUAGUGCGGCGGCCUCGGAGCUGUCUCUGGGGCCCGACCCCACGCCGCGCGGGGUGUCCUACCUCCGCGCGCUCGCGGCGGCGUCGCAGGCGCGGUCCCGCGCCGCCGGAAUCGCGGCCUCGGGGUUGCGCGCGCAGGCUGCGGAGUACCGCGCUGAGGCGGCCCGCCUGCGCGAGGCGCUGGAGCGGGCCGGCCUUGCGCGGGACGCGCUCCCUUCGCCUGCUGCCUCGGCCGCGCGCGCCGUCGCCGCUGUCGCGAACCUCCUUGCCAUCCGCGACACCGAGAUGAGCAGUUUUGUGGUGGCCAGUGCUGAUUUGUGGCUGAGGAGAGCUGAGGUAGAGGAGAAGAGGGACAGAGUUUAUAAAGAGUCAAAGGCACUUCUUGAUUACACGAGAAAGGCCAUCACCAAGCUUACUGAGCUCAAGAAAAUGCUGGAAAAAUUUAAAAAUGAUGUUGAGAAGCAACAAGUGGAGCAAAUGACGGACUGGCAGACAAAGCUGGUUAUGAUGGACUCGAAGGAACGCCAAUAUAUCCUCCAAGUCUCAAAUUACAAGGCAAUGCUUAACCGAGUGGGAUAUACACCAGAGAUUAAUCAUGGUGUGCUAAUGGAAAUGGCUGAACAUAAGAAGGAUCUCGAGAGGAAGACUAAACCCAUUGCAGAUACAUUACGAAGCUACCAGGAUUUGCCUCCAGAUAAAGCUUUAGCUGCGCUAGCUAUAGAGGACAAAAAGAGGCAGUACGCAGCUGCAGAGAAGUACCUUGAAGACGUGUUGCAAUCUGCUUUAACGACGCCUGGUCUAUGAUGCGCUUAAUUACAUGCAUAGUUCUAUUUGGUGUGUCUGAUCGUUCGGGUGUCAUGUCCUUCUAAGUUGUGAAUUGGUUCUGUAUUUUGGUAAAAUCCGCUUGCUACUGUUUUCCUAACUAUGGCAAAUUUUGCCAUAGAAAUGUUUACGUCGCAGCAAGACAACUAAGAUGCUUUCUCAGGACAGCUUACCAUGUUGCCUUCUUGUUUGUAUAAACACAUGAAUUUGGAUGGACAUGAUGAUCAAUGGAACUAGAUGAUAUAUGAUCAUGGAUUAGCUGAAAUGUGGUAGUCUGAUGGAUACACCUGUAUCUUUAUGACAUGGUAUGCAUGGCCUUUCAUGUUU